CGAGGGAGGGAGCGGUGCGGCUUCAGAGCAGGAAGGUGAAUGGGAAAAAAACGCGGUGGACGGUGGCCGCUUGAGACCCUACCACGCAGGAAGCGAAGCGGUGUUGGGGAUACUUAAAUUACGCGAUGAAUCAUGUCCAAAGCAGGGGUCUUUCGUGUGGGACUUGGUGUAGUUCUGGGAGCAGCCGCAGGAAUAGGUCUCAUCUUUUACUUCUACAAACAGAAGAGAAAGAAGUCCAGUCAGAAAAGCAACCCAAGAUACCCAAAUGUACAUUGUCAGCAAAAUGCUAUGUAUGAUCAGGAACAUGCAGAAACCCUUCAUCCUUAUAAUCAGGUUCCAUGGAUGAGACCAGAACCAGUGGAGGGCGGUGAUAGUGUUCCAUAUACAUCCCUUCUAAAACAUGAAGAGCAGUCUGAAGUCCUGAACCGUCUUGAUUUAGUGCUCAGAAGCCUUAUAGAGCUACGACAUGAAGUGGAGGAAUUACGGAAUAGCCUACAGAGUUUAGCUGGAGGAAUUAUUGGAGAAGUCAGGUCCCAUCUAGAAGAAAGCCAAAAGGUUACUCGGCGGAGACGUUUUAUAUAUCCCAGAGAAAGAAGUGAUUCCACAGGAUCCAGCUCAAUAUAUUUCACAGCCAGCUCAGGAGCAGCCAACACAGAUGAUGGAGAAAGUGAGGGGGGCUAUACUACAGCCAAUGCAGAAUCCGAUUAUGAUAGGGAAUCUGAUAAAGAGAGUGAUGAAGGAGAAGAUGAAAUCAGCUGUGAAACAAUUAGAACUGCAAGGAGAGAUUCCCUGGACCUUGUCAAUGAAGAUGAAGCAGCGUUGAGUUUGGACACUGCUUCAGAAGAAGAACUUGCUCAGUUGCUGCACCAAGCAGAUCGCUUACACAGAGGCACUGACCAGGAGAAGAGAGAAGGAUUCCAACUACUGCUUAACAAUAAACCUGUGUAUGGUGACAAGCAGGAUUUCCUUUGGCAUCUGGCCCGAGCUUAUAGUGAUAUGUAUGAAAUCACAGAGGACACAGAUGAGAAGAAAUCCUAUGCAUGUGAUGGCAAAGAAGAGGCCGAAAUGGCUCUGCAGUUAGGAGAUCAAAGUGCUGAGUGUCACCAAUGGUAUGCUAUUCUGUGUGGUCAGUAUGCAGAACAUGACAGCAUACAAAAGCGCAUUCAAGCAGGGCAUGCCUUUAAGAAACAUAUAGAUGAAGCCAUUGCUCUGAAACCAGAUGAUCCCAAAUCUUAUUAUCUCCUAGGCCGAUGGUGUUACCAGGUUGCACAUUUGGGAUGGCUGGAAAGGAAAACUGCUUCUGCUUUAUAUGAAGAACCUCCCAUAGCCACUGUCCAAGAUGCACUGCAAAACUUCUUAAAGGCUGAAGACGUAAGCUCUGGUUUUUCAAAAGUGGGAAGAAUAUAUAUUGCCAAGUGCUACAAGGAACUGGGGGAUAAUUCUGCAGCUGCUCAUUGGUUGACUCUGGCUUCAGAGUUGCCAGUUAUCACAAAAGAGGAUGAAGAAGGCAGCAGAGAAAUGGAAGAGAUGCAAGCAAUUUCCAAUGACUAUGGAAGCUUAAAUACGCCAUCCACAUAAUGAGCAGUGAAGAAAAUUCCAGUAUAAAAGAUCUCACUGUCACCCUCACUGAGCUUCAUGAACAAACCCCACAAUGAAACUACUAUUUCAGCACUUCUUUCUCAAAGAUUGAGGCUCGCAAUACCAAAUAGUUAAAGAAAUGUAAUUCAGCUCUCUCCCUCAUCACAAAAUAGGAUGAUCCUAAUUAACCCCUGGGUUUACCUGUUUGCAGAAUAGAUGCUGGCAAAUCCAUCAGUGUUUUUUCAUUCUGUCUUUUGAAUAUUUCCCAUCCAGAAAUUUCCAGUACGUAAAAUUUUAAAAUAAUUUCUGGGAAAAUCGAGAUCGCACUCUAAAAGAUAUAGAAUUAUUUAUAGUGUCCUUAUCAUUUAUUUUUAUUUUUGAUCAAAUUAGUCCUUGCAAGGGCUUCUAAGAGGCUUUGUCCAUGUCAUUUAAAACAUCUGCUGGGUGCUUAUAUCUACAUUUUGCUCAUAGAGAGCAAAGAGUAGUUUGGGAUGCCGUUGCUUUAAGGAAAAAAUAGGAAAUUCUUUAAUUUUUCCCUUCUCCCAGUACCAUAGCUCUGAAUUUCCCCGGUGACUGCUUCAGUCUAAAGAAAUAUCAAGAAAGAUUGUUGAUAGAUUGUCUGAGUUGUAUCUAGUGUGGGAUGAGCCUAUUGAUCAUGGCCUUUUGGGCAAAUUGAUUCUCUUUGCUGCAUAAUAUAUAGAUUCUGAUGUCUUCUGUUUAUUUAAGAUGUUCGUUGGUUUUAUGUAUAAAAGUACAUGUGGCACAUGACUCAAAUAUUUGAAAAGCCUAGAGAGUGAAAUGGUAAAAUCUCAUGCAGAUGCUGUUCACUGUGACUUCAUUUUCUUCAAAAUCAUUGGGUACCGUCACUUUGAAUUAUGCCAAAAUUCAUAUUUAGGUGUGGUUUAAUAAUACAAGAGUAAGGAUGCAAAUUAAACUAGGUUACUAUUCAGGAAAUUAGAGUUAUCUUUCCCCCAUAACAAAUAAUUGAAAAUAUUCUGUUGAAGUGCAAACCUAUUAAUUUUUUCAUGUCCAAAUAGUUUAUUAAUGUUUGUUUAGUAAUUGACAGUGUAAAAGUAUUUGGAUGGUGCAAGGUGUGCUGCCCUUUCUUGGAGUAGCACGGAGCGCCCAUCUGCAGCAUUUCUAGAGACUGAGAUGUCAAUCACCUGCUUACAAUUCCUACAUAUAUUUUUGAAAGAAAUAACUUCACUGCCAGAAAGAACAAUUAAACACUGUUGAGGAGGAGGCGGUGGCGGUGGAUCUUCUUCAGUUGCUGGGCUUAAAAAAUACAUACCAAUGCAUUCCACCACCACCACCCCAGUUGUCUUUAAAGUACAUUCUCAGCAAUCCUGAGUAUCAUAUGUCUAUUCCAGAGUACAGCAUGGAAAGAAAAUUAUAUUGAAAAAAUAUAUUAAGAAGAGAGGAACCACAUAUAUUUGCAGAGAUUCUGUAGAUUAAUAAACUGAAUUGUGUCAGAGAUGUAUGUAACACCGAUAACAUCAGUAAAUAUGAGACGGAAUUAUGUUAUCAAUGGGUUUCCACUUAUUGUAGACCAAACAGUUUUCCAGAGUGCAAUGUAACUAUUUUUUAUGUGUACUCUGAUUUUGGGCAGAUAUUUUUGAAACCCUCAUUUCAUAAUAACUAUAGCUACGGAUAUUAUUACAGUGAGAUUUAAUACUCUCUGCCAUGUUGGACAUUUCUAUACAGUGAGAUCAGAGAAAACAUACAGGAAUUUGAUCCUUCUCAUAAAGAUGGAUAUUCCAUUACUCUUAGAUUGUUCUUUUUUUAAUUUUACAAAAUAAUGUGGAAGAGAAAGCAAUAGCUCAGUCCAAAAAUAUUGGAUUUCUCUGUUCUUCCACAUUUGUAUCCAAAAACAUCUAGAUCCUCUUACUGUUAAGUAUGCUUCCAAACUAACAUGUUACAUCCCAAGUUUCACUUAGGUCACAAAGAAAUCUGAUGCUACUAAGACUAUAAAAGCAAAUUUUUGCAUAGGGAAUAAUAUAAUAUUUAUAUGACCAGGUGGUGAGAAUAUUUUGCUAGCAUCUAAAUGAAUGGAUUUCCUUGCAUAUCUUCAAUAAUAAGCUAAAAAUUGUUCAGUGCAGGUUCCCUGAAGUUAAUUAGACUUAAACUGAAAAAGUAUUUAAAUAUUUUUACAAGGCAUAUGAAUCCCUAACAUAAUUCAUAUUUUAAAAAUACAUAUUUGGUGGCCCUGUUAAUAUUUUACUCUGAUAAUGUAAGACCAAACUCCACCAGCUUCAUUUCCCAUGCAAACUGUCUGUACAGUGUACUAUUGUCGAUUCCCUCAUUCUGCUGGGUGGAGGAGAAAUUCCUUGUGGAACAUAUCAUGUUUUUGUACCUUGGUUUGUUUUAUAGUAUAAUGAGGUAUAGAGUAUAUUCAGUUUGAAGUCUUAAUAAUAAAUGUAUUGCAUGUUCUGAGGGCAAAGAAACUGGUGGAAGCUGAUUGUCCUUGCCCAGGAGAAAGAAUAAUACGUACAUUACAUUGCUUUUUAGUGCAAAUCAUUUCAGUAUUUGGUUCAAAAUUUGCAGAAGUGAGUUUGAUGCAGAAAUAAGUCACAUCCUGACUGAAGCACUCAGCUGCUCUUCAGCUAAAGCAGUGUUUCUCAACCUCAGGAACUUUAAGAGGUGUGGACUUCAGUUUCCAGACAUGCUGGCUGGAGAAUUCUGGGAGUUGAAAUCUGCACCUCUUAAAGUUGCUGAGGUUGAGAAACACUGAUCUGAAGAGUUGGUUGCAAAAUCUGUGGCCUUGUUUGCAGAGAAGCCGCCCAUUCCAAGACUGAUUAGCUUUGUUAAUAUUUGCUCUCAGAACUCUAACUGCAUCUAUUUAACAAACACUUUAGAACUGAGUUUUGAGAUGUAAUUUUGUCACUUCCAUCAUUUCCAAAGCAUUUUUUUCUGUUGUGUCUUAGGGGACUUUUAUCUCUGUGUGCAACUUGACAUUUUAUAUAACUGACUGUUUUGUGAUUGAAGUUAACUACCUGUUCCUUUCUCUGCUUUAAAAAUUGUAGCCAAAGUGAACAUGCAGAUUCUUAAUAUUUGACUUUCGUAAGAUGUUGACCAGUCUGCUGGUGCAUGUUGUGCACUGAAAAUUGCUGGAGUGGCAAGUUGUGUAAAUAUUUUAGGUUUACUAAUCAAAACAGCAGUAUCUAUUUUAAUACCAUUUUAGCACCAGGUUCAUUAUCAAAAUCAACAUGACAUAAUACUGUAAUCAAUCAUGACACAGGCAAUGCGCCUGUGAAAACCUCAUGUAACUGGCAAACAUUUAGAGAAAAAAUAAUGGUGUUAUAGUUGGUCAGAGACUUGUAACCUGGUUUGAUAAACAGACUCUAUCUCCAUCCUCAGAAAGAAUAAAUCAAGGAUUUAUUCUUGGUUAUAGCUAUUCUUGAUUAUCUGUUGCCUUUCACCAAAAGAGCUUAUGGGCUUAGGCUGCAGACCACAACUUAAGAACUUGUGAUUUCACCUCAAAUAUUUUCAUAAGGAUUUCUGUGUUCUGCGGUAUCCGAGCUACAUUUUGUCUUUGUGGAACUAGGGGUUCAGGCAACAUCACGUGUCAGAACAUUCCCGGGUUGGUUCUCCAAAAGUCAUGGCAAUGGAUGAACUAUGGCUGCUUUUGUAAUUCAUGGAAACACAGUUUACAUUUUAACUAUAAAAGUUUGAGAAUUUUAGCUAAUGACCCAAAGUGUUGCCUUUGAGUACAGCUGCAAUUCUAUGUCAUACUACCAGGUAUAGACCUCACUGAGACUUGCCACUGAGUAAAUAUAUAUAUAAGAUUGCACUGCAUUAUAGUAUACUUUGCUGGCUUUGCCACCUUUUCACAUUCUAUAUGAAUCUUCUGAAUUAGGAUCUUGAAUGAUGCCACAUUUGUUGAUGUUAUUAAUUUACAAAUGCGUGAAAGCAUUUUUGCUAUAUGAUAUUCUUGGUCUGCAUUACAAAUUUUUAAAAAUUGCAUACAACCAUACUGUAGUGUAAGAUGGAUGCUAAAGUAGUUGUUGCAACAAUAAAUAAACCUGAUUUAAAAGACACUGAGGUUAGGAAGUUAAAAAAUAUCAGUCCUUGAUCCUGGUACAAACUAUCUUCCUUAUAUCCUAGUGUCAGCUUCUAGAUCUAGACAACAAUGAAUGGAUGAUAUCUUUGAGUAAAAGAAGAGAUUUAGUAUGGCAAAAUUCAAGAGUAGUAGUAGGCAGAAUAUUGCCCAUUGAUUGUAUUCUGAGUCCAGUUAAGACUUCAGCAACCUUUCCUCCAAGAAUAAUUGCCUUGAAGAGGAUAUUGGCAGAUGGAAUCAGUUUAGGGUUUUUGGAGGCUGCAAGAAAAGAUCUUGAUAUGUUGCUCAGGCUUCCAACAUUAUUUGUCCCUAAUGCAAGGAAACUUUCUCUUAUAAUUCACUCCUUUGCUUUGAGAGUAAUGUUUUGAAUAGUGUUCCAAACCACAAAAGAUGCCUGUGAAAUUGCUUUAAGUAAUUAAGAGUAAUCUUGAUGAGAUAACUUGCAAUUACUGGAGGAGAGUAACCUUUGUUCAAAGAUGCUUCCAGAAGCAUUGGGUCUUUUUCUUUAGAAGGUGUAUUUUGAGCAGCCUUAUGUUGGGAAAAAAGUGUAUGCAUGUGUAACUAUGCUUAUUUUGCUGAUUAACUGUGAAAUUAAGGGUGGCACUGCCACCCUACUGCAGGCACUGAAGAGUCAUGAGGAAAAUGGUAACAGAAAAGGACAUGUUGAAUUACUGGCAUUGAGAUACUUUGAGUCUCUUAAAGAGAGCAAAAGAAUUCUCCAUAAAAGUUUCUUGAUUGUAUUUUUUGUUUUUUAAAAAAGCUAAUACAUGAAUUGACUGUACAGUAAUUUUAACUUCAACUCAACUUUACUUGAAAUAAAAGUAAAAACACUGCCUGAUUUUCAGUUAAGAUCUAUGACAUUAAAGUAUGUGCAUUCUUUACAUGUGAUUAUGGCUUGGAUCCCAAGGUCCAGUGUAUGGAGUUCUGCUCACAUGCUAUUUGCAUUGGAAGAAGGAAAGAUAUUAUUUUCAUUUAUUUCCCUUUGGACUUCCUAAAAAAACUCCUUUGAACAACACAAGAAUGUAUAACAUGAUUAAGGUAUAUAAGCAACCAAAUAUGAUUUCAAAACUAAUCUCAUUAUUUGUAUCCAUAGUUAAAAACACCGUUAUAUGCAGUAUGACUGCAUUAAAGGUAAAUAAUGUCUAUUGUACCCUCUCCAUUUGUCUUGAUCUUGCUAUAUGCAAAUGGGAGACAAAUUCAUUCUAUCUAAUACAUUCAGUGGUGACAUUCUAUUGCUGCUACAUAUCUAUCCAACCAUGAAGCUCUUUAGUCCAAUCACAGUUGGAU